GUUGCUAAACAAAUGAAAAACAAGAGAAGAGUUAUCCGCGGAGUAUAUUUUCGAUUUGCGAUGGAAGUUUAUUUUGAUAUUACAAUUGAUUAUAAAAAAAGACUUUUAAUGAGAUAGACGACGACUCAUUGUUUUUAGCUGUGAUAUGACCAUUUAGGUGAUUUGUAGCAGUCAAUUCUAAAUUCAGUGUCCUUUAACUGAAUAAUAUAUAAAGAAAUGUGUGAAUAACAUUAUAACCUGUGACUGCAGCCAAGCAGGAAUCAAUAAAUAAUUGGAGAUUGAAUGUUUCUCAAUAAAUAUGGGUUCCAUUGAUUCUUUAAAUGAUCUUGCAAAUGCUCUAGAAGUUUUCUUUAAAGGGCUGUCAGAAUGUGGAUUUUUGAAUUCAUAUUCAGUCCAGCUUCAAGUGGCUACUGUUGAUUUUGUUGUGCAAAUCAAAUUUCAUUGUCUAAUGUAUCAGUUCAUGAAAACUUUACAGGCAUUGUUAUCAAGAACAAAUAUUCCUGGACAUGAAAGCUACCUUGAUGUUGGAGUGCAAACACCAUCUGAUUUUAAUUCUGUAUUUAUUGAAGUAAAGCAGAGUGAUGUUAAUGAACAUCAUGUAUCAGAUCAACUAGGAUCUCUUGUUGAAGCCUGUGUAUUUGAAAAAUCAGGAGAUGCCAUUGAUUGGGCUGACCCAGAAGCUUCUGAAAAUAUGAAAGCAGAUCAAAAUGCUACUUUUGUUGUGCAAAGCAAUGGCAAUGGAACUUCAACAGAUAUAAUUGUAACCUGUCAUCCUGCUACACUGGCUGCUAUUACUGGGGAGAAUAUAGUUGCAUCCACUGAAUCCAUUAUUCAGGAAACUGAUGAGAAAAAACUGGCAUUGCCUUGUGAUAGUGUAGACAAUUUUAGAAACAGCCCAGUGAAUACUCAGGAAAUUAUUACUGUUGAUUCUGUAGCUGACAGAGAUUUGCCUAUUUGUGAAAGAACUAAAAAUUUAAAUAUUUGUAAAGAGCGUUUCAUUGAAGUGAAUAAUAGUGAAACUUUGGUUGUUCAGAGUGAAGGAGGAAAUGAAAUAAAAUCUUUGAAUACAGAUAUGAAUCCACUAAUUUUGAAAACUUACAUUGAAGAAGAGACCGUUUUGAAUGACAAUUUGAGUGUUAUGCAUAUUGUAGUGGCUUCUGACAAUUCAGAUAAGCCAUCGGUUAAUGUGAAAACUGAAAAAGAGAAAAGAAAACCAUUCAAAUGUAAGGAUUGUGAUAAAUCUUUCACAACAACUCAGAGUUUGGAGGUCCACUCAAGUCGUAAACAUGUUGCCAAGGAGCAGUGCGAUAUGUGCCCCAGGAGUUUCAGCUCAAUUCAAAGCUUGCAAGAGCAUUGUCGACUGGAGCAUGGAGGAAUGGGUUGCUUUAAUUGUUUAUUGUGCAACAGACGAUUUAUGACUAAACUUAGCUACAAACGACAUAUGGAUACACAUGUUGGAAAAAAAGAAGCUGUGUGUGAUAUGUGUGGAAAAACUUUUAGCCGAGCAGAUUAUUUGAACAAACAUUAUAUGACUCACAGUGGAGCUAGGCCAUUAAGUUGCAGUCAGUGCCCUCGCAAGUUUAUUAGCAGUUCACAUUUGAAGAAUCAUGAAAAGACUCACACUGGUGAACGUGAGCACUUGUGCAAAAUUUGUCCCAAGUCAUUCAGUAGAGCAGAUAAGCUUAAAGAACAUACUCUUCGACAUCUUAACAUAAAAAGGUUUCACUGCACAGUUUGUAAAAGAACGUAUGCAGAGAAACGUGACUUAACAAAGCACAUGCGUGCUCAUGAGAAGUGAGGAAGAAGUGUGUUUAUGUGAAGGAUGAAAACCCAAGAUGCCUUAUUGUCACAAGUAUAGAAGACUAUGAAGUUCUAGUUUUUGUGUAGUGCCAGGCAAGAAACUCUUAAAAGUUCAGGUGCAUUGUUAGGCAACUACAAACUUUCAAAAUAGUGUUUUUAGGUUUUAGUGGUAAUUGUAUAAAAUGGAUGUGUAGUGUAAGUUAUUGUUCUACGAUCUUAUGUUUGAGGAACCUUUAUUUUUUUGAGAAUAAUUUGUUUACAAUGGAUUCUUAAUGAAUUCUUUAUUAUAUCAUGAUAUGUUCCACGAUAUGUUUUUGUACAGUAUUUAUAAUAAAUUAUUUUGUUGAUAAUUUUUUUUAUAAAUGAAGACUGCAAAGGAUAUUAAUCCAACAGACUUUGUGUAAUUGCUGCUCCCUCGACUAAUAUCUGAACAUGCAUAUGAAUUAAGAAAAAGGAUAAAGAGAUCACAGUUAACAAUAAUGGUUUUAAAGCUCCCCUUUAAUACUUGCGGGGUUAUCUGCACUUUCAGACACUUUUAAAGUGCACUUAAUAGGGAGAUAUUUUGUGCUGCCUAUAGAACUGUUUCAUCCAUUGCUGAAUGUAAUACUUAUGGAACUCUCGUGCUUUAAUCACAGAUGCAGGAUCAGCAGCAUUUCUAGCCCUCAGAUCCAAGUGAUGGGCACCUUCUGGUAUAAGUAUUGCCACUAAACUAUCAGAGUAAUUGCGAAGAACUCCACCACCAGCCCAUGGAUCCAACAAGCCAUUACUGUAAAAAGAAAAAAAAGGAAAGAAAGUGUAAAGUUACAUUUCAUGGGUGACGUUUUAUGAAAUAAAGAUUUCUUGGCCAACAUUCCACAAAUUAUAUAAAACAAAAGUGUUGAGUUUUAAUAGUCCUGAAUUUUGAUCCACUUUUUAUAUUAAGUCAUCAUUUCAGUAUCCUUGGGGAAAAUACUCCAAAAUUUUUGUUAAUUAAACUGCUUAAUCUUUUUAUCACUCAAUUUUUAUAACCGAGGUUAUUCUUUUGUUUAGAAAAUAAGUUAGUCAUGGGAGUAGGGAAGCUAGUUGGUAGGGUAGAUGAAGUAGGCAUUUUUUGCCAAAUGAAGUAGAGAUUUAUGCCAAAUUAUAUGUAUAUAACGAAAACCAAUAUAUUAAUAAUUUUAGUAUACAGUAUGUUUAUUAUUAAAUUUCUUUUACACUUACUGAUGAGAUUUGUGAUUGUCUUCAUCAGACAGUAGUAUUCACGAAACAUUUUAGUGUUUUUCAAAAUUGUCAAUAAAAAAAUUACCUGACCUAUCUGUAUACAUAUGUUUGUAAAUUGAAAAUGUUCUUUCAACAUCUACCAAUGUUGUUGGGCAAUUUUUAAAUUGUGCCAUUAAAGAAACUGACUUAUUUAGAUUGUCAACAAUUUCUCCAGAAAGAACUCUGGCAACAUCCUUUAAUAGCAAGCAUCCCAUGUUUUUGUCAAUGACAGAACACUUUUUGCACAAUUUCACCAGUUUUUGCUUUAGCUGAUUUAGUUUUUAUCAGAUUUGUUAAUUAAGGAGACUAAAUCAACAAGUGGUAUAUUUUGCAUUUCAAGUAAUUUAAUUGUUUCAGGAAUGAAGCUGUAGCGAGUUUUAAUAAAAACUGUUGUGCUAUUGUAUCCUUAUCAGAAGUAAUUAAAUUUUGACAUUCUUUUAGGGUUUCACAUGAAUUGUCAGCCAAUUCUAAAAUAACUUUAAAAUCAAAAUUGUCACAAUAAAAUUUAACAUCAUCCAAACAGGUUCCUCAACUUGUCUCAACCGGCUGUGGUAGUAAUGGUAAAAUGGGAAGGGUUUCUGUGUGAAAUUGAAUUUAAAGUGGGGCUUUUAAAAAAUAAUAUUUUUACAGAAGAAAUUAAUUUGUUUAUCAGGGGAUACUGAUUUUUGAAUUGUUUCUGUAUUUUUUUUUUUGAAGUUUACAAGUUUAAAAGUCUUCAUAAUUUUUGCAUCAUUUGUUAGGCUGUUUGUUAUUUUAGGCAUUUUGAGAAGCGACUUGCAAACAACAAGUGUCAAGAGUGAGCAUUUUUUGAAAGGUUUAUUUCUCUGAAAGAAUAUUUUCUUUUGUUUUUAUAGAUUACUAUUUUGCCUUGUCAAAGUUAUGACCAAGAAUUCUCACAGAAACUAACCAAUACUAAUAUUGUACUUUGUUUGAAGUAAAUUUUACUAAAGCAAUAAAUGGGAAAAUCCUCACUCAUUUCAAUAAAAAAUUAAGGAAAACUAGGGUCAAUUUCAAAACAAAAACUGAUCGAUCU